AUGGCCUCCGCCCCGCAGGACGGGUCACGUGGCCGCCGCGGCCUGCCGGGGCGGGGCCUCUGCCGGGAGAGUACGCGUGCGCGACGGCGCCCAAAGCCGGACCGGUCCCCAGGGUCGGCUGGCGCCCUGACGACGAAGAGAGGAAUCUCCCAGGAGCUGAGUCUAAAAAGGUCCACUGCUCCUGUUCCCAUCAACCUCCUUUCUCCCCUAUCUAGGGGUGCAGUGACCUAUGAAGACGUGCAUGUGAAGUUCACUCGGGAAGAGUGGGCUUUGCUGGAUCCUGCCCAGAAGAGUCUCUACAGAGAGGUGAUGCUGGAGACCUGCAGGAACCUCACUACUGUAGGCAUGAAAGCAGUCAUACUGGGGAGAAACCAUCUAAAUAUACUCAAAGAGUCAAAGCAUUUGCACAUCCCAGUCAUCUUCAAAGGCAUGAAAGAAUUCACACUGUAGAGAAACCUUACAAACGUAAUGAAUGUGAUGAAAGCCUUUGCACAUCGUAUACACCUUCAAAUGCAUGAAAGAACACAUACUGGGGAAAAGCCCUAUGAAUGCAUUCAGUGUGGAAAAGCCUUUGCAUGUCACAAGUAUCUCCAAGUCCAUAAGAGAACACAUACUGGUGAGAAACCCUAUGAAUGUAAGCAAUGUGGUAAAGCCUUUCCGUAUCCCAGUUACCUCCAAAUACAUACAAGAACACAUACUGGAGAGAAACCUUAUGAAUGUAAUCAGUGUGGUAAAGGCUUUGCACGAGUUUCACAUCUCCAUAGGCAUAAAAGAACACAUACUGGAGAGAAACAUUUUGAAUGUGAUCAGUGUGGUAAAGCCUUUGCAUGUCACAGUUAUCUCCAAAUACAUCAUAGAACACAUACUGGAGAGAAACCUUAUGAAUGUAAUCAGUGUGGUAAAGGCUUUGCACGAGUUUCACAUCUCCGAAGCCAUACAAGAACACAUACCGGAGAGAAACAUUUUGAAUGUGAUCAGUGUGGAAAAGCCUUUGCAUGUCACAGGUCUCUCCGAAGACAUAAAAGAACACACACUAGAGAGAAACUCUAUGAAUGUAAUGAGGAUGAGAAAUCCUUUGCACAUCACAGCCAUCUUCAAAGACAUGAAGAAAUUCAUACCAGAGAGAAAAGCUAUGAAUGUAAGCAAUGUAGAAGAACCUUUGCACAUCGUAUACACCUUCAAAUGCAUGAAAGAACACAUACUGGGGAAAAGCCCUAUGAAUGUAUUCAGUGUGGAAAAGCCUUUGCAUGUCACAAGUAUCUCCAAGUCCAUAAGAGAACACAUACCGGUGAGAAACCCUAUGAAUGUAAGCAAUGUGGUAAAGCCUUUCCGUAUCCCUGUUACCUCCAAAUACAUACAAGAACACAUACUGGAGAGAAACCUUAUGAAUGUAAUCAGUGUGGUAAAAGCUUUGCAAGAGUUUCUCAUCUCCGAAGACAUACAAGAACACAUACUGGAGAGAAACCCUAUGAAUGUAACCAAUGUGGAAAAGCCUUUGCAUGUCACAGUUAUCUCCAAAUACAUCAAAGAACACAUACUGGAGAGAAACCCUAUGAAUGUAUUUAAUAUUGUGAAGUCUUUAAUAUUGUCAAGCCUUUGCAUGUCACAGUGAUCUCCUAAAACUAAGAGAAAACACAGCGAAUAAA